UCAAUUCAAACAUAAACAUAUAUCUAGAACAAGAUAUUGUAUCAAGAAUUUAUUUAAAAAAGAAAUGGGAAUGGUUUCAUUUUUGUCAACAGUCCCAACAUUGCUACUUCCAGUAUCUCCAUUAUCAUCCAAAUGCCAUACUUCUUCUUUUCAUUCUGGUACAAAUAUUAGUUGCAAAAUUGAGGAUGUUGGCAGUAACAACUACAAUGAGACUAAUGGUUUUAUUAGGAGGAGGGACAUUCUUAACUGCUUUGGAGCUGCUAUUACCAUGGAACUGGUGGCAACUUCGAGCCCAGUCCCCAGCCCAUUUCUAGAGGUGGCAAAUGCUGCUGAUUUGAUACAGCGUAGACAACGCUCUGACUUUCAAUCAAGUAUAAAGACGACCCUCUAUACAGCCAUCAAGGCAAAUCAGGAGCUCAUUCCACCACUAUUGACAUUAGCACUUAAUGAUGCUAUGACAUAUGAUAAGGCUACAAAAACUGGAGGCCCAAAUGGAUCCAUACGCUUCAGCGCGGAGAUCAACAGACCAGAAAACAACGGACUUUCGGCUGCUUUAUCAUUGGUUGAGGAAGCAAAAAAGGAGAUCGACUCUUACUCAAAAGGAGGACCAAUCGCAUAUUCUGAUCUCAUCCAAUUAGCAGCUCAAAGUGCUCUUAAGGCUACAUUUUUGGCUUCGGCUAUACGAAAAUGUGGUGGUAAUGAAGAAAAAGGGAACUUGCUAUAUUCUGCUUAUGGCUCAAGUGGACAAUGGGGAUUAUUCGAUAGAGAUUUUGGACGGUCUGAUGCUCAAGAACCUGAUCCUGAGGGAAGAGUACCCGACUGGACGAAAGCAAGUGUUCAAGAAAUGAAAGACAAGUUUAUAGCCAUUGGAUUUGGUCCUCGCCAGCUAGCAGUGAUGUCAGCAUUCUUGGGUCCUGAUCAACUAGAAACCGAAGCCAAGUUAGCCACAGAUCCAGAUGUUACUAAAUGGGUUGAGAAAUACCAACGAAGUAGAGAGACGGUCUCUGAGACCGACUAUGAGGUCGAUCUGAUUACGACCCUUACAAAACUGAGUGGCUUGGGUCAAAAAAUCAACUACGAGGCAUAUUCAUACCCUGUUCCCAAGAUUGACUUCAGAAAACUUAAGCUGUGAAAAGGUGAAUGCAACAACUUAAGAUAAUGAAAUGAGCAACACAAGUCUAGAGAAUACUUUCGGCUGCAAAUUUAUUUUGCCGUUAGACUAUCGGCAUAUCCAAGAGGAGUCUGGUUUGGUUUUGUAAAUGGUGCAAAGUACACUACAUCUAUUAUGUAAUUACUCCGGUAGUUCUAUAAAUGUAAAGCCUUAAGACUAUACUUUGAAUAAGACUUCUAAUACGAAAUUUCCCGAGUGAUAGAACGCAGCGUGUUGGUUAA